GAAGCAAUCAAAGCUUGAGUCGGGAGAUGGAAGAAGAAGCUGAGAGGCUAAAGGGGCUGCAGAAUGAAGUACAGAAGCAAAUGAAUAUGAGUCCACCUCGCAAUGCAGGCCCACUGAUCAUGUCCAUUGAGGAGAAGAUGGAGGCCGAUGCCCACUCCACCUACGUUGGCAAAGUGGACUGUGGUGCAGCAGUGGAAGAGCUGGAAGCACACUUUCAUGGCUGUGGUUCAGUCAACCACGUUACCAUACUCUGUGACAAAUUUAGUGGCCAUCCCAAAGAGUUUGCUUAUAUAGAGUUCUCAGACAAACAGUCAGUGAGGGCUUCCCUGGCCUUAGAUGACUCCCUAUUUAGAGGAAGACAAAUCAAGGUGAUCCCAAAGCGAACCAACAGACCAGGCAUGAGCACAGCAGACCAGGGUUUCCCACAAGUCCGAUUCCGAGCCCGGACCCCCGACUACAACAGUUCCCCCUCUCAAUUCUACAGUGGUUUUAACAGCAGGCCCUGGGGUCACGUCUACAGGGGCUGGGCUAAAGAGACAUCAUGGUAUUCCCCUUACUUAAAAAAAAAAAGAGAAUGGGUGCUAUUGGCCAAAGGGGAGCCCCUGAGCCAAGGACACAGCCUGAGAGAGCCCGCCAGCACCUUCUACGUGAUCCUGCCAUCUCGCUCUCCCACUCUGCUGGUGAAGGCAGUGGCCACUCGGGAACUGAUGCUGCCCAGCCCUUUCCCCCUGCUACCUGAGGACAUGCCUGAUGACAGCCGUAAGACUGUGGAGAGCAUGCUGGAUGACCUGGAGCUAGAACCCACCUACAACCCCUUGCAGGUUUGGAGCCACCUGUACUCACACCUGAGCAGCACCUUUGCCAAGCCUCAGGGCCCGCUCCACCCAAGAGCCCCCAAGAUGCCAGCAGCCAGCAAAGCUUCCUCGGAUGUCUUCUUCCAGCCUUCCAUGGAGGAGGAGGAGGAGGAGGCAGACGAGGAGUAUCCCUCAGGGCCCUAA